AUGUAGCCCACGAUGGAGAAGACGCUAGGUGUCCAUGUGAAAUUCAUUUCUAUAUAUACAUGGCCGUCCCGAUAGGGUUUUAGGGUUUGUGGGAGGCGCCAGUCCUGAAACAUUGAAACCAGAGGAAGAAGAAGAAUAAGAUGAAGACGAUACUAUCCUCGGACUCCAUGGAGAUCCCCGACGGGGUGACCAUAAAAGUGAAGGCGAAGGUGAUAGAGGUGGAGGGUCCGCGAGGAAAGCUGACCCGAAACUUCAAGCACCUGAACCUGGACUUCGAUCUCAUCACGGACGAGGCCACCGGGAAGAAGAAGCUGAAGAUCGAAGCCUGGUUCGGGACCCGCAAAACCAGCGCCGCCAUCAGAACGGCUAUCAGCCACGUCGAGAAUCUGAUCACCGGCGUCACCAAGGGCUACAGGUAUAAGAUGAGAUUCGUCUACGCUCACUUUCCGAUCAACGCUUCGAUCCCCAACUCCAACAACGCGAUCGAGAUCCGAAACUUCUUGGGCGAGAAGAAGGUGAGGAAGGUGGAGAUGCUUCAGGGCGUGAACAUCUACCGGUCUGAGAAGGUGAAGGACGAGCUGGUUUUGGAUGGAAACGACAUCGAAUUGGUGUCAAGGUCUGCUGCUCUCAUAAACCAGAAGUGCCAUGUGAAGAACAAGGAUAUUAGGAAGUUUCUUGAUGGGAUUUAUGUGAGUGAGAAGAGGACGAUAGCUGAAGAGGAGUGAUUAGAUUUAAGGGAUUUGUACUUGUUAGAGUGCUUUUCUGAUAUUGAGUUUCUCAUCUUUACUUCUUUUUUUUUUUUUUAAAUUUUAUAAUCUUGGAUGGAAAUUUUGAUGAGUAAGUUUUACUA